AUGUCAACAUUUCCACUCCAAGUCAAGCUUACGGGGAGGUCUUCCAAACCGCCAACGCGAGGAGGUCACUCACCCACGACACGACCUUCCUACGACUACCGACGCGCAGGAUCACCGCAAUCCAGCCUUCUCGAGAGGCUCAGGGAUAUCGACAGUGAGUCUCUGGACCAGAGCCCUACCAAUCCUUCCGUCAUACGGAGCAUACUCGAAUGCACCUAUGAGAUCGUAAGGUGGACAUUCAUCACACUUGACAACAGCGUCAUAGAUGUGCCAGAGAGCGCAGUCAAGAAGGGGGUAAUUGCUCUCGAAAGACAUCUCGCAAGGCUUCCAGUGGACAGUCUGACGCGGAAGGAGAAUCAACAGGUCCAUGCCAUCCUGACCUUCGUUCAAGCCGUCGAGGACUACGACUCUAUAAAUCGGGAGGUCCUGCCUCGAGUUCACACUGAGGACAUCGACCGUAGAAACUGCGAGGUCACCCUUGAAGUACACAAAGCCUUCGUCAACGCCGAACUUGAAAUCUACGGACAACUCUCGCAGAACGCCAGACCGCGUCUUAUGCGGAACGCUCUCUCCUGUAUUGUGGCAGGAUCCCUGUACAAGAUCAAAAAGCCGUACAAAUCACGCGUUGCAGUAGCUGAUGCCCUCGCUGCGAUUUCUGGAGCUGAGCUGGCUGAGUACAGAAGCUUAAAGAAGCGUCUCUUGAAUCAGCUACGCUCGACAAAGAGCAGAAGUAAGAGAAAGAAGGUUGGGCUCCGCUUCAUCGCGAAGAAGGUUCCGAUGCUGGAGGGUGGAGACUUGGAGCCUGAGGAAGAGAUGGCGACUGGGAUUAUGUGA